AUGGCCGAAGCUAUUGUUAGUGAAGAUGAAAGUGCCAAUUUACCGUUGUUAUCGCCGAAAGAGUUGUUGAUUCGCGAGAAAAGUAGAUUGGAGGAUUCACUUUCGGAAAUAUCGAGAACAUUGCGUGAAAUUGAAUUUCACGAAAAAAGAAACGAAAUGGCGGAAAACGUGUUCCAGCCGCAAGCUUUACAUGAAAGCUCUCGUGAGCCAUUUUUGGGCUUCACUCCGAAAAGAUAUCAGUCGUACCAACCGGGAUUGAUAGCUUUGGCGCAAGGUGGCGUCAGUGAUCAAAUUGAUCGAAACGAAGGAAACGAACUAAGACAUCAAGGAAUGUCAACAAAUGCUUUGUCAAGGAAAGCUUUGUCAUCGAACGUUAUGUCAACAAACGAAUUAGUUCAAAAUGAAUUUGAUGCAAAUUCAACGUUUUCACUAGGAUUGGGAAGAGGUCGAUUAUUUGCAACACCUCCACAACUACGGAAGCAAUUAAGGUUUGCAUCGGCAAUACACAGAGAUAGUGAUGCUCGGUCGAGCGAACAAGUUUUUGAUGAACGAGAACAACUCAAUGAUUUUUCGAAAUCUGACAAUGGCAACCAGCUGGAAUAUCUUGACGAUGACAGUGAACAUUCUGAAGAUUCAGAUUCACUAAUUAUUUCAAACCAACAGUCGACUGGUGUUUCAAGUAAAAGAAAAUCCUUACCAGUUGGUGAACGUAAAUCGCGUGAUGUUCAGGGCUCGACGAAAGUCGAAUUGCAGUAUGCCCCAUCGAACACCACGGAUUACAGAAGCCAACGAUCGGUAAACUUUCGUCAGUCUACUGGUUUGCCACAGGAACGUGAAUGGGACAUAAGUUCAAUUGGAAAAGAACCUGUACCAGUUGGUGGAAGUAACUCGCGUGAUGUUCAGGGCUCGACGAAAGUCGAAUUGCAGAAUGCCCCAUCGAGCACCACGGAUUACAGAAACCAACGAUCAGUACAUUUUCGUCCAAACGAUGGAUAUUCUGGACAAUACGGACUUGGUCAGCUUCAGAAUCGUCCAACAUUGGGGUCUACAUUCACUCAAUCUACACCGUACAACUCUAAUCCACGGCAACGAUUGACAUCAUCGAAUUGUGCUUUACCAUCGCCAACCUCAAACGUUGGUCAGCCGUUAUCACAACAGCCAAGUAACAGCACAGAUAUAAUGACAAGAUUAAUUGCUCGACAAGUUAUUGGGAAAGAAUUGCCCAAUUUUUAUGGUGAUCCUCAAGAUUGGCUGCUGUUCCGGAGUCAAUACGAAAGGACUACAGCGACGUGCCUUUAUACCGGCGAAGAAAACAUUUUUAGAUUACGAAAAUGUCUAAAAGGAGAUGCUCUUACUGCCGUUAAAUCACUUUUGGUGUCACCGAACAAUUCACAAGCUGUGAUGGGAAUCUUGGAACGUCGAUUUGGUCGACCUGAGGACAUCAUUAAAUCACUAAUAAAGGAAGUAACCGAAGCCGCAUCACCGCGUGAAGAUAAACCAAGAUCGAUUGUCAUCUAUGCGACAGUUAUUCAAAAUCUGGUUGCGACAUUGGAGGAUUUAGGUCGAGACGAUCAUUUACGCAAUCCUAUGUUGCUCAGUGAGUUAGAAAAGAAACUCCCAACAACUUUGUGUUUGUUGUGGUCGGAGUACAUCGUGGACAAACAAGGCGUAACAAUGAAAACCUUUAGUGACUGGAUGCAAAGACGAGCUGAAGCCGCUAGCCGUCGAUUUACGUUGGAUCCUGUUUCUUUUGAACCGGAAAAUUCGAAGAAAGCUACAAAAACUAAAGGAUUUGUGAACACGGUUGCAAAGUACGUGGAACCAAAAUCGUCAGCUGGAAAUUGUCGCAUUUGCUCUGGUUCAUGUCAAAAGCCUUGGCAGUGUGCAGUACUUUUGAACAAGAAUAUUGAACAACGCUGGAACUUGAUAAAAGAAAAGAAAUUGUGCUUUUCUUGUCUAAUGACUGGUCAUAACGCAAACAACUGUACCAGGUUAUAUCAAUGUGGAAUCGAUGGGUGUCAACGAAACCAUAACAAGGUUUUACACAACAAGAUGAAAGUGGAAGGCAAAGUUGAGCAGCAAAACAACAUAACAUUGGCUACUGUGCAAUCAUCUCAUCGGACAAAUUUGAGAAUUUUGCCCGUAAUUGUGUGUUUCAACGGUCGAGAAGUCAAAACUUAUGCUUUAUUGGACAAUGGUUCGCAAUCAACAUUGAUCACAUCAAGUUUGGUCGAUCGUUUGGGAGUUACUGGAAUCUCGAGUCCAAUAAUUCUUCAGUGGCCAAAUGGUGAAUUUUCGACGGAAAAUGAUUCACAAAUCGUCAAUUUGAGCAUCAGGGGAAUUUUCAAUGGAGCCAAAACGUACAGCUUGAUUGGUGCUCAGACCGCCAAGAAAUUAUGUUUGGUUCAGCAAACUAUCAAUCGAGAGAAAUUGAUCGCUCAAUGGCCAUACUUAAGGGAUGUCGAAUUUGAAAGCUUUACCGAUGUUCGUCCGGAGAUAUUGAUAGGCGAGAAUAAUUGUUUGCUAACAGUAACGAGACAAUUACUGCACGACACUCAAAAUACUCCAAUCGCUUCGAAGACCUGGCUUGGUUGGACAAUCAGCGGUAAUGACGGAAGGAAAGUUCCAGAAAUGUCAGUAAAAAUGAUCAACGUAAAUACAAUUACUGACGAGGACCUUCACGCUUUGGUGAAAUCUUCUAUGAUUAUCAACGAUUGUGGAAUAAAUGAUCAGUCGACUCGUUCCAAGGAAGAUGAGAGAGCUCAGAAGAUUUUGGAAACGACAACUCACAAUAUUGGUGGUCGUUGGGAAACUGGACUUUUGUGGCGGAAUCCUGAUGUUGUGUUGCCAGAAAGCAGAAUGAAUGCUUACCAUCGUUUGCUCAAUUUGGAAAAAAAAUUCGACAGAGAUCCAGAACUUUUCGAUAAAUAUGAAGCCAUCAUCAAUGGAUACAUCGAUAAAGGAUAUUUACGGAAAGUUGACAAGACAGAAGGACACGACGAUCGAAUUUGGUAUUUACCUCAUUUCCCAGUUAAAUAUCCGUUGAAACCAGGUAAAAUUCGAGUUGUGUUUGAUGCUGCAGCGAAAUCUCAUGGCACAAGUCUGAAUGACAACCUAGUAUCUGGUCCAGAUUUUUUGAAAUUGCUUUCGGGAGUACUCUUUCGCUUUCGACAAGGCACAAUUGGGUUCAUUGGUGACAUUAAAGAAAUGUUUCAUCGAGUUUUGAUAAACAAAUCGGACGUCAAAUGUCAAAAAAUCCUUUGGCGAGGGAGAGAGAGGAAUAAUGAACCCGACGAAUAUGAAAUGGCAGUAAUGAUGUUUGGUGCAACAUGUUCUCCAUCUGCAGCAAUCUACGUCAAAGAUCUAAAUGCCAAACGAUACGAAAAUGAUUAUCCUGAAGCAGUGAAUGCCAUUAUCAACAAACAUUACAUGGACGAUUACCUGGACAGCAAGUUUUCGGUUGAAGAAGCAGUGAAAGUAAUCAAAGAAGUCAUUUUCAUUCACGAACAAGGAUCAUUUGAAAUUUGCAACUGGGUAUCUUCUUCGAAAGAAGUCAUGGCAGCAAUUCCUGAGAAUCUUCGUCGGAAAGAGAAUUCUGUUGUGACAUUGGCCCACGAAAACAUUCCCGGAAGAGUUCUUGGUGUUCUAUGGAAACCAGAUGAGGAUGUUUUCACGUUUAGUGGAAAUUUUGCGAAAAUCGACAAAGAAUUAUUGGAUGGCAAUAGAGUACCUACGAAACGGGAAGUUUUGCAAAUCGUCAGUUCAAUUUACGAUCCGUUGGGCUUUGUUGCACAUUUUGUCAUCACUGGCAGAAUCAUUAUGAAGAACAUUUGGAAAACCAAAAUUGGUUGGGAUCAGCCAAUACCAGAAAGCAUCAACAACGACUGGCAAGUUUUCCUCGGAAAUUUGAAAAACAUUGGGAAUGUUCAAAUCGAUCGCUGUUAUUCACCGAAUUUGAAGUGUUACGAUAGUCUACAGUUACACAUCUUUGGAGAUUCGAGCAGUCAAGCGUAUUGUGCUAUCGCAUUUAUGCGAAUCGAAGUCAGUGAAAAGGUCGAGGUCAAAUUUAUCACAGCGAAGACUAGAGUCACACCGUUGAAAGAAGUUACGGACGAAAAUAUUCAUCGACUUGAGUUGCAAGCCGCACUGAUAGUGAGCAGAUUAUCCAAGUUUGUUCUGGAAGAACAUGAAUUGCAUUUCGAUGAUUGCUACUAUUGGACCGAUUCGAUGGCGGUUUGGUAUUGGAUCCAUUCUCAAACAAGACGAUAUAAGCAAUUUGUCGCAAACCGUUUGAACGAAAUUUGGGAACUCACUGAUCAGGCGAAUUGGAGAUGGUUACCGACGCAAAUGAACGUUUCUGAUGACGGCACACGAUUUGGUUCGGUGGAAUUCGUCAACUCGCACCGUUGGUACAAUGGACCCGAUUUCCUUUACGAAGAUCAAUCACAAUGGCCUGAAUCAAAUGAUGCAAGAAUAUCAAACGAAGUUGAAAAUUGGAUGGAGGUCGUGAAUGUGGGUCAAGUGGUACAAGUGGUUGAAUUCGCAUUGCCGCAAAUCGAACGUUUUUCUAACUGGCGUCGAUUGAUUGGUGCAACCGCUUGGAUGUUGAGGUACAUAAAUAACUGUAAUCCUAACCGAAAUAAAAUUUUCUCAGCAACGUUGAAUGUUGAUGAAUGGACCAACGCUGAGAUGAAAUGGAUUCGACAUUCACAACAGAGAAGUUUUACCCAAGAAAUUUCUGAUUUAUUGCGAAAACGAUUGGUACAUCCGAAUAGUCGAAUUUACACUUUGUCGCCAGAACUUGACGAAAAUGGAAUUUUACGUUUGUGUGGUAGAGCAGAUAGACUUCCGAAUUCUACAAUUGACCAGCGUCGCCCAAUUAUUCUUGAUGGUCAAGACAGUUAUGCUCGUCUACUCAUUCGAUUCUAUCAUGAGAAAUAUAACCACAUUGGGCACGACACCGUUUUGAACGAGAUAAAGCAACGAUUUUGGAUUGUGAAAGCUACCGUUACACUGAAGAAGAUUCGAUCCGAGUGCUGGAAAUGUAAGAUUCUUAAGGCAAGACCACAACCCACGAUUAUGGGUCAGCUACCAGCACCACGUCUUGAAGGUGGAAAUCCCGCAUUUCAUUUCACGGGCAUGGAUUACUUUGGUCCGAUUACGAUUAAAAUUGGACGACAAUUACACAAACGUUACGGUGUAUUGUUCACAUGCCUCACAGUACGGGCCGUACACAUUGAAGUGGCAGCAUCGGAAACAACUGAUUCGUGCAUUAUGGCAAUACGUCGAUUUAUUGCGAGAAGGGGAUGUCCGAAAGAAAUUUAUUCGGACAAUGGAUCGAACCUGCGAGGAGCUAACAACGAAUUGAAAGCCGUUUUGGAGGCCCUUGACCAAGACAAAAUUCGUGCUGCAAUGACAACUCAUCGUAUUGACUGGCAUUUCAAUCCACCAACGGCGAGCCAUAUGGGCGGAUCCUGGGAACGAUUAGUUGGUUCCAUCAAAACGGCAUUUUAUGCAACAUUGAAUUCCGUUCAUCCCACCGAAGAAAUGUUAGUCACGCUUUUGGCUGAAGCGGAGCAUGUAGUCAAUUCACGUCCGUUGCUGGAAUUGUCUAACGAUUCGAAUGAACCGGAAACGCUCACACCGAACCAUUUUUUGAUUGGACGAUCAUCAGCUUCAGCACCGAUUAGCAUUUUCGACAAAGACGAUUUGAUUUUGAAGAAACAGUGGCGAGCCUCUCAACAUCUUGCUGAUUUGUUUUGGAUCAGAUGGGUGAAAGAAUAUCGGCCAACAUUAACGAAGCGAACUCAAUGGUAUCGUCAAGGAAGAAACCCUCAAAUUGGCGAAUUGGUUUAUAUGGUCGACGAUAAACAACCGAGAGGUCAAUGGCCAAGAGGUAUUAUUGCAAAUGUUUUUCCAGGAAUUGAUGGACAAGUUAGAGUCGUUGAUGUCCGUACUGCAAAAAAUACAUACCGUCGUCCGAUAACAAAGAUUUGUCUCUUUGAUAACUGA